GAAAGUUGCUUGACAUGAGCACAUUUUGUUGUUAACAUCGAAAGAGCCACUAGUUUUGGUUUCCUCUUAGCCAAUUUUAAGAGAAGGUUUAUAUGCGGUUACAUUUUUAAUUAACCAUUUUAUGAAACUUUAAUACAAUUUAUAUUAAUGGGAAACAUGGGAAUGGAUGAAAAACCAGACAAAGAUCAGGAAGAACAUCAUUUACAUGCACUAAGAGAAUGGCUUGAAAGGCAAGAGUAUUUACCUCAAAAUAUAAAUGAUACAUUUCUAAAAAGAUUUCUCAACUGCUGUAAUAACAGCGUAGAGACUGCUAAAGGUCUGAUAGAUUUGUGUUUUACAAUUAGGUCUCAAACUCCAGAAAUUUUUGAAAAUAGAGACCCACUUAGUCCGUCCAUUCAAAACAUCAUAAAAACAUCAGACAUGGUUCCUUUACCAAACUAUACAGACAACAAUUAUCAGGUUUUCAUUUACAGACUUUGUGAUCCAGACCCUGACAAAUUUGUGUACGCUGAUUCGCUGAAAACGUUUUUCAUGUUUUCUGAUUUGCGUAUGCUAACAGACAUCAACUUGCCAGACGGGGAAGUACCUAUAUUCGACAUGUCAGGACUAUGUUUGCGACAUAUAUCUAAAGUUUCACUACAUUUAUUAAAAAAGUAUAUGCAAUAUACUCAGGAAGCACACCCCGUGAGACUGAAACAAAUUCAUAUAAUAAACACCCCCUCUUUUGUGGAUAAAAUGAUGUUAUUAAUAAAGCCAUUCUUGAAAAAUGAAACUGGAAGAAUGAUGCACUUUCAUUCUUCUGAUCUGUCAACUUUGUACGAGUACGUACCAAAAGAUUUACUGCCCGAAGAGUAUGGUGGCGAAUCUGGAAAACUGUCCGAUUUGAAAUCGCAACUUACUCAAAAACUGAUCAAUAAUCGAGAUCUAUUUCUUGAUGAAACGCGAUGGAAAGUAGACGAGAGCAAGAGACCUGUUAAAGACAACAAAUCUAAACAACUUUUCGGAAUAGAAGGGUCUUUUCGAUCCCUUAGCAUAGACUGAAGUCGUCCCACGGCAUACAUAUAACUAGUUUUUAUUACAUGGAAACGUGCAAAAUUCAUACUACAUGUUAUUUUUCAACACCCUGUAGGCGCAUAUUUUUAGGUAUUGUAGAUCUUCAUAUCGAUCUCUAAGGGAAAUUAGUUUAAAGUAAUAUAAUUUUUAACUCUGUGAUGGUUAAAUGUUUAAAAUCAUUAUUUUCAAUUAAAGUUAAAAUAAUAUACCGGAUGUAAGCGACUUUUCGAUAAUUUUAAAUGAGGUUUUGGACAUAAUAUGCAAGUAUCACAAUAUUAUAUUGUUUACAUUAAUUACUGAUUUAUUUUAUU